GAUUUUGGCGCAAAAUUCAUUCAUCCAUCUAGUUAAAAAGUGCUUAGGGAUUUUAGCUUAUGUCAGUUCGUGAUGAAAACUUCAAAUCUAGUUUCUAACAACCAACUGUAAAUCACAAUCCUUACUCUUUACACGGGUUUAUAACUCUCAUUUAGCUCUAACAGGUCGUCCAUAAAUUAUAGUCUCACCGUACGCGUUAUAUAGAGGAAAAAAUGUUAGAUCAGCGAGCAUUUUAUGAUAACAUUCAUUGCAGCCGUUGCGACGUACUCCAUCAUUAACCUGGGAGCAACAGAUAUCAAUCCUUUGUAAAAUUCAAUUGUAGUAGUUACUUCUUGUCCAUCUAGACAAUCAUCAUAAUCAUCAUCUAAUGUGUAGUCAAGAAGAAGACGAAGAUUGUUCUUGUGUAUUCAAUUCAAUCAUUAAAAAGAAUGAAAGACUAUCCUAUUGUAUUAAAUGUCAAUCACAAUCAUCUGUAUUAAUAAGAAAAGAUGAUCCAUCUUUAUGCAAAUCAUGUUUUAUUCAUCAUUGUUUACAUAAAAUCAAUAUGAUAUUUGGAAAAUAUAAACUAACAACUACUCAAAUGAAUAAUAGUAGUAGUAAUAAUAUGGCUAUAGCAUAUUCUGGUGGUCAAAAUUCAUCUACUUUAUUAAACUUAAUCAUACAAUAUCAUAAUCAUAACGAUAAUGGAAUAAAGAAACGAACUAGAAGGAUGAUCCCAAAAGUAUUUCAUCUAAUUGAACCAUAUGAUUCAGAAGAUCAUUUGAAAUUAAUUACAAAUAACAUGAAGAAUAGUCAUUAUGAAUAUCAUAAUAUUUCUAUGAAUGAAGUUUCAGAAAUGAAUAAAUGGGAAAGUAAAUUGACAUCUUCAUUACUUACUAGUCAACAACGAUUUCAUGAUUAUUAUCGAUUAAAUUUAUUAAUUGAUUGUGCAAGAAAACUUGAUUGUAAAUAUCUCGUUUUAGGUGAAUGUAGUAAUAGAGUUACAGUGAAAUAUUUAUUAGAAAUUAUAGAAGGUCGUGGAAAUCAUAGCAGUAUACAAACAUCAUUCUUAGAUGAACGAUACCAAGAUAUAACAAUUGUUAGACCAUUACGUGAUUUUCUGGCGAAAGAAAUAGCUUUAUACGCUCAUUUUAUGCAUUUGGAAUUUGUUACACCCAAUGAUCCAUUAACAUCAAUUGUUCUUAAAAAUCCUAAUGUCAAUACAUUGGAAAGAUUAACUCAAGAUUUCUUAGCUACAUUGCAAACUGGUGGAUUCCCAUCGACUACUGGAACUAUUCUUAGAACAUCUUCGAAAAUUGUUCUGGAAAAUGACUCUCAAAUUACAUGUAGUUUCUGUCAUUUUCCUGUAUCCAAUACUGACUCUUCUAAUGAUCCUGACAAGUUGGCUACAAAAUCCAUGAUACAUUCUUCGUCUUUAUCUAACCCUGAUUCUUUUAAUAAAAAAACAGUUACUGGAAUUAUUGACAAAGACUUAUGUCUCUCCUGUUCACUAAUGUUCAAAGAACUUUCUCUUUGUACAUGAAUAACAAUUUUAAUACUUUUUCCCAGUUUCUGUUUUGAUACUUUUUAUCCCAAAUUGUACAGGCCCACUAGAUAAAAAAAAGUGGUAACACAAUUAAAGAUGCAAUCUUCUAAGAAA